AUGGUCGACGUCGACCGCCGGCCGUCGCUCACGCACGGCCUCCCGCGGCCGCCUUCCCACGCCGCCGGCCUGCGCCGCCUCUCCACCCGCGCCUCGGCUCCCAGCACCCCGCGCACCCCGGCGCCUCCGUCUCCCUCCACCGCCUCCGCGGGCCCCGCGCCCUCCCCAUCCGCGCUUCUCGCCCACCUCGCCACGGCGGGGGUGACCGUCCUCCCGGGCCUCUCCGCCACCGAGCUCGCCCUCGCGGAGGCCGCGCUCGGCGGCGUCCAGCUCCCGCCCGACCUCCACGACCUCCUCGCGCUGGGCCUGCCGUCGGGGGACGGCUUCCCGGAGUACCGCUCCCCCGCGGGGCUGCGCCUCCUCCGCUUCGCCGCGCAGGAGGUCCCCGCGGCGGUCGUCGCCGCGACGCUGCCCCUCGCCCCGGGCCGGCCGCGCGCGGGGAGAGGCGCGCCGCCGCCCCCGCCCCUCGUCCCGCUGUGCGGCCGGCAUUACGUGCCGGCGACGCCCUGCCUCGUGGGCAACCCGGUGUUCCACGUGUCCGACUCCGGCGUGGCGUUCGCGGGCGCCAACGUGGCCGACUUCCUCCUCCACGCCUUCGCCGCCGAGCCGCCCCCCGGCACGCCGCUCCGGCGCCAGCUCUCCGCGCCGGUCCCGCCGCCGUCGGCCGCCACGCCGCCGUCCACGGCGCGCCGGAGCCUGGACUCCGUCACCGGCAGGGCCCCGCGCUGGAUCGAGUUCUGGACCGACGCCGCCGCGGCCGGGGACCGGUUCUUGGAGGUCCCCACGGGCGCCAGCGCCACGAGCGCCGCCGUGUCCGGCGCGGCGGCGCCGGAGUGGUUGCGGUCCAGCCUUGAGGAGGCGGCCUCCAUGCUGAGGCGCGGCGGGUGGGGCGUCCGCGAGGUGGAGGAGAUGAUGAGGGGAGAGGGUCCCAGCGGCGUCGGCGAGGUCAAUGUGGUGGCGUUGGCGUUGACGGUCGACCGGUGCUGCGGCGACCUGAAGAGGGGAGGGUGGGGCGCGGAGGAGGUGGUGGAGAUGCUGGGGGCGCUGCUGGGGCCGAGGAAGCCGCGGCGGGCGGCGCCAGCGCUGCCGCCGAACGUGGCCGCACGGGUGGGGCGGCUCGCCGAGGCCGUGUCGCGGGCUGUCGGGUCCCAUGCCAAAGCGAAACCUCCGAGGCCAUCUUGA